AUGGAUGUGGCAUCUCCUAGCUCCGAUCGAGAUCCGCAGGCAGGGCUGCACCCCUCCGCCAGCGCCAGCUCCAGCUCCAGCCCCAUUUCCAGGUCAGGGGUGCAUGCCAGUGGGGAAGAGAUAGCUGUAAAGCUGCUCCAUAAUAACCUGCAAGGAACUGACGAUGAGCAAUUCAAACGUGAGUUUGAAAACCUCAUGAGGCUUGAUCAUCAGAACAUUGUACAGUUAGUCGGCUAUUGCUACGAAACACAUCAUAAACCUAUGCUGCACAAUGGAGAAACCAUUUACGCUGAAGAAACAAACAGAGUGCUCUGUUUUGAGUAUAUGCCAAAUGGGAGCCUUCGAAAUCAUAUUUCUGAGGAAUGUGAUGGACUUGACUGGCAGACACGUUAUGAAAUUAUCAAAGGAAUAUGUGAGGGCUUAAAAUACCUUCAUGAAGGAUUCAAAGAACCAAUUUACCAUAUGGACUUAAAACCUGAUAAUAUACUGCUAGAUGAGAAUAUGAUGCCAAAACUAGCUGAUUUUGGCUUGUCUAAGCUCUACGAUGGAGAACAAUCGAUGAUCACUCAAAUUCUUACAGGAACAAUUGGAUACUUGCCACCGGAAUAUUUAUUUGAACACAUAGUCUCGAAGAAGUUGGACAUAUUCAGUCUUGGUGUUGUAGUGACGAAGAUAAUUACGGGACCUAGAGGCCCCACUAGAAGGGGUGAAAUGACACAACAAGAGUUUACUAAUCAAGUACAUGUAAACUGGAGGAAGAGGUUGCAGGAAACAGGGCAUGCUUCCCAACCACUAGAAGCGUAUUGCAACCAAGUGAAAAUAUGUAUUGAAAUAGCAUUGACGUGCAUGGAGAAUGAUAGGCACAAAAGGCCUACUAUAGUGGAUAUCACACAUAAGUUGAACCAGACUGAAACUGUGAUCAAAGAGUUGAAAAAUGAUCAGGGUUACAGACGAACAAGCAACAAUAUUAUUAGGGAUGUUGUAGCGCAAGGAAGUGAUCAACGUGAUUAUGAUGCUGUACAUGAUGAAAACCCAUCAGUCAUGCACCCUGUUGAGAGUGGUGUAUCAGAAAAUCUAGAGGGAGCUAAGAAUGAAUACGCAGCUGCAGAGUACGACCCGCUGCCAGCAGUAGAUGGGCUAAGAAUCACUGGUGAAGCUUUUCCUGGAAGAGAACUUCAAGUGAGUGGGUAUUCCAUCAACGGGACCACAAGCUGCAACUUUGAGUGGGUACGCCAUUUGGAAGAUGGAUUGCAGAAGUUCAUAGAAGGUGCACGGCAGCCCACAUAUCUAGUUACCGCGGAUGAUGUGGACACUAUACUAGCCGUUGAGGUCCAGCCACUAGAUAACCGAGAAAGAAAGGGGGGCAUCGUUAAGGUUUAUGCUAAUGAGGAAAGAAAAAUUCCUUGUGGUUAUUUUCCGUUGUACGCACUCGCUUCGUACGUGGUGUACGCUACAACGAGCGGAGUACCAACCGCUGUUCAAGGCGGUGUGUACGCUGUUGGAGCAGGUGGCUACGGAGGUUUUUACCCAACAUGGAUGGCAGCAUAAUCUCCGGCUCGGUCCACCAUCUCUUUCGACAUAGGCAUAGUGUCGGUCUAUAGACUCUACUGUUGCCGAAUUGUCGGUCUUUUAUCUUUCUACUUAUCAGACUACUGGUGUUUGGCUGUG